AUGACAGUGGCAUUUUCUAUUGGGCUCUUCAUAGUAAUAGCAACCAUUGCAGACGUCUACCUUCUAUGCUCUCGAAUCCGCCGCACCAUGCACCAGCACUCCUCCUCCCAUAGAAGCUUCAUAGACACCACCACCAUCAACGAUGAUUCAAUCACAAUACGACAAGGACUCGACCAAGCCACCCUCCUCACCUACCUCAGACUACUCUACUCCCACGCCAAGCUCCAUGAAGGCGAUUCCAUUGUUUCAGUCUGCUCUAUAUGCUUGGUUGACUACAGAGACACUGACAUGCUUUGUCUGUUGCCUUACUGUGGCCACCUCUUCCACCAGAAGUGCGUCGACCUGUGGUUAAGGCUUCAUCCAAC